GUCGUUUCCACUGGAGGUAAGAGCCCCUCUGCCCGCGCUCGGCCUUCUUGGCUCAGGGGCGCCAGGACGCGUUCCGCCAGGUGAACUCUGCAGGCUGGAGCCAGUCCACCUACCCUGCAUGGGCCACGGCUGCCUGACACCUCCGACUCUGGACAGUGAUGACAUUUGCCGAGGAAAAGACUCACGAAUAUAUCCGCCACAAUUACAGAAAUUUCCGCCACAUUCAUGCUCGGGAGAUACUGCCUUACCUGGGCUGCCUUACGAUCAGUGACCAGGACCGACUGCGCGCCGAGCUUGAUCGCUGGGGAAACGCCGACUCGCUCUGGAAACUCUUCGACAGUCUCCGUCGGCGGAAAGGCUGGGUGGAGUCCUUAAUCCAGGCGCUGAGGGAGUGUGAGCACAUCUCGCUGGCAGAGGACGUGGCCCGCGUCUACCAGAGCUUCCAACAGCCCAAUACCCAGGAACCCUCCUCACCUGCUGGGGCCUGUGGAGGGCUCCCCAACGGCUUCCGGGAAGAGGAGGCGAGUUACUCGGCCCCUGUCCAGGACACCCAGACCCCGCAGUCCCUGGGACAGAGUUCAAAGACAGCCACACAGCCACACAGCUCUGGCACUGACCAGCCAGGGACAGGUGACCAGGAGCCUCCUGCUGCCAUGGCGGCCCGCCAGCCUCCCACCACCAGGGGGCAGUCGCAAGAACAGGACAAACAACCGGGCAGCGCACACUCAGCCGGAGGUAACCCCACACCUCUCCGGGGACCGGUGUCUCCUACCGUGUCCUUCCAGCCCCUGAGCCGAUCUACCUCCAGGGCCAGCCGCUUGCCUGCACCCCCAGGGUCCGGCACAGGUCUCCCUGCUCCGUCUCCAGGCGUGACCCUCACGGGGGUUCCUGGGGAUCAGGCUGAGUCGACCAUUUGGUCCAGGGGCAUAGGGUUGCCCUCCAACUCCCUGCCCACCAGUCCAGUGCCUUCCAAGGUGCCCAUCAACCCAAAGCCCCUGGGCACCGUGCCCACCAUGAUGCCCACUGGCCCAACACCAUCCAAGCUGCCUGUCAACUCAGCUCGUGUGGGUGCAGGAGCACCCAAAGCGCCCACGGGCUCGGUACCUGACCACAGGAUGCCCACCAACACUGUGCCCAGGCGGGGAACUGGGGGCUGGGCAUGCACUGUCCCUCCCAGACCCUCCUCCCUUUCCCAGGUGCCCCCGGCCCGCACCGGUGCCCACUGGAACCCCGAGGAGGAGCUGAGCAAGCCGGGGAUGCUGGUCUCGCACAUCGACAGCACGUUCUCGGGCUGCUCCGAGGACCUGGCCAUCAGCCGCAGUGACUGCUCGGGCACCGUGGGGAUCGGGCGCCACAGUCCGGAGGAGAACGAGUACCCGGCAAGCUCCAUCAGGGUGCACGUGGCCGAGAACCCCAGUGUCGACCUCCUGGCCAGCAACCCAGGGCGCAGUGCCGCCGGGACGCUGCAGAUGGAAGAGCUUCCCGAGAAGCCUCCCAAACCCCCGGGCUCCUGGGCCCCGUUGCUCGUGAUGGCUGCGGCCGGGGGUCUCCUGGUCGCGCUCCUGGUGGGCGUGCUGCACCGGCGGCACCUGCUGCAGUGACCCCCGGGCCACCCGCUGCCCACCGGCUCCAGCCUUCCGCCUUGCACGCGGCAGACCGGGCGGAGGGGAGCCAGGUGUGCAGGCCUCAAGGGGUCUCCCUGUGUGCCUACAGUGGUGGUGGGAGGGGGCAUCUGCACCAGGGGGAGGCCGGCGGGGGGCAGUUGCACCAGGAGGCAGCCUUCCGGUCCCAGCCGAUGCCCUCCGUGGUGCCCUGCGUCCCCGAGCUGACCCUCACUGCCCUCCGUGCUGGCGCAUAUGCCAGGCCUUAUUCGGUUUGCCCAGUUCCGGGGACUGACAGCGAGUCCCCACACCUGCAGCAGGGAACCCCCCUGAGGCUGACUGCCCCCCACCGGACCUCCAUCAAACCUCGGCUGGGCAGUUUACCUGGGGUGUCCAUCUCCAGGAUGGACACAGUGCCCCCCAAGCCCGGACCCCCUCCCCAGCCCCGCCCCCACCUCUUCACCUGCUUUUCUUCUCUCACAGUGCCCUGGGGUGGGGAGGGGUCCCGUGCAGAGGAAAGCUUGGUGGGGGGGGAGGGGUGUGAGGCCGUGCAGGCCGUUGGCGGUCACUGGCCUGACGUCCUCACACUGGCCGUCGUGGUCUGCCCUUCAGGGACGUCGAAGCCCAUAGCUGCUUGGUCAAGCGCCCGGCUCAGAGUUGAUGCUUGCAAAGGGCUUCUCCGGCCUCUGCCCUUUCCCAAGUGGGGGCAGGGGCAGCGCUGUGGGGGUCGGGGUGGUCCGUGCCUCCUCCCGCUCCGUCUCUCACUGACUCUGCUCUCCACACCGCCUUCACCGCCGUGCCUGCGUCGCACCCGUGUGCUGGGGAUGCACCCUAUGUAGACGGGCGCCCCCUAGAGGUGUACAGAUUAAACGAGUUG